AGCGGAAAGGUUUUGAAAUAUCGCGUCGUGUUCUAACGGCUAGGAGAUAUUCAUCAUCUGGCCAUUCUGCUUUUCCUUUUUCUUCUUCACUUCACUUCUCUCUCUUGAUUCUUCUUCGCCUUCGUCGUUCUCUCGUAUUUCGAAUUUCCAGAUCGAAACUGAAGGCUUCACCUCAAUGGCUUCGACCCAAUUCGAUCAUCGGAAGGUUCGUGUCGUCGCCAAAAUUCGGGGUUUUUCGAGUCCUGAUGCGAAUUCCGGAGCAGUGGAUUGGGUAUCCGUGAACCGGGAAUCGUCGGAGGAUGUCACCAUCUCCUUCGGAAAACAGUCUUCUAGUCGAUAUUCGGUGGAUUAUUGCUAUAAGGAACAUGAAGAUAAUGAAAUGAUAUAUACAAGGGAGGUGAAGCCUCUUGUUUCAGCAGUUUUUGAAGGUCAUAGCAGUACUGUUAUUGCUCAUGGAGCUAGAGGGAGUGGAAAGACCCACCUAAUUCAGGGCUCUACUGAAACUCCGGGUCUGGCUGUGUUGGCUAUGGUUGAGUUUCUUUCAAUCGCUGAGAAAAAUGGGAAAUCUAUAGCUGUUUCUUUCUAUGAGGUUGAUCAUCAGGAUCAUGCUAUUGAUUUAAUAAACCCAGAACAACCACCAAUUUCGAUAUUUGAAGGUCGUGGAAGAAUUCAGUUUAAAGGACUUACUCAGAAUCCUGUAAAAUCAAUUGCAGAGUUUCAGAAUUUGUAUUGCACUGUAUGCUCUGCACUGAAGGCUGCCCCCAAGAAAGGGUAUGAGUAUGCUCGUAGAAGCCACAUGGGAUUAAUUGUGUAUGUCUUUUCCCAGAAUGAAAGCAUAGAAGGUCUUGUGAGCAAAAUGAAUUUUGUGGAUAUGGCAGGUUAUGAAGAUGCUAGAAAGAAAAGUAGUGACAUCUCUGGGUUGGCUGAGACUAACAAUAUUAACAAGUCAAUUUAUGCUGUUAUGAAUGUUUGUCAUGCUUUGAGCACAAAUGAAAGUCGUGUUCCCUAUCGAGAAAGCAAACUGACACGCAUGUUGCAGGAUUGUUUGAGGGGGACGGGCAAAAUUCUGUUGGUUUCCUGCUUGAGCCCAUCAUUCUGCCAAGACUCUAUUUACAUGAUAAGCUUAGCAUCACGGUCAUGUCAAUGGAUCCAACAGACACCCUUAGGUUCCACAAUGAAAACUGAAACUUCAACAAAGCAAGUGGUGACUACUCAUAAGAACCAGACACCCUUAGGUUCCACAAUGAAAACUGGAACUUCAGCAAAGGAAGUGGUGACUACUCAUAAGAACCCGACACCCUUAGGUUCCACAAUGAAAACUGGAACUUCAGCAAAGGAAGUGGUGACUACUCAUAAGAACCCGACACCCUUAGGUUCCACAAUGAAAACUGGAACUUCAGCAAAGGAAGUGGUGACUACUCAUAAAAACCAGACACCCUUAGGUCCCACAAUGAAAACUGGAGCUUCAGCAAAGCAAGUGGUGACUUCUCAAAAGAACCAAACACCCUUAGGUUCCACAAUGAAAACUGGAACUUCAGCAAAGCAAGUGGUGACUUCUCGUAAGAACCAGAUGCUCAAAAGUGUUUCUGCAACAAAAACUGGAAGUUCCGCAAAACAAAUGGUGACUUCUCAUAAGAACCAGCUAGCCAAAAGUGUUUCUGCAACAGCAAAGAAAAUUUCCAGAUCUCAAAUAAAUGAAAAGAAAGCUACUGUUGGUUUGAAGUCUGCAGUGAAAGGAAGGAAAUUGUUUGAUGAAAUCAGUCAUUCUUCUACUAAAGUUGAGAAGGAAGUUUCCACUGCCCAUGUUACCAAAGCACCAGAGCUUUUAUUGGAGAAUUCAUUAUUAGAAGCUGGAGAUCCAGUCGAACUCAGCUCUGUUGUGGAGUUUGACAAAUGUGUUAUGCAGGAUAACUCAUUUUCAGAUGAUAGUAAUAAUGAUAACUCAUGUUUGAACGCAAGCAGUGAAGUGGAAUCUGAUUCCCCAGUGGAAAAUGAAAUGGAUCAUCAAGAGACACAUACCUCUGAUGCUGGAACUUACUCUAAAGCAUUGUCAAUAGUUCAGGAAGGUGAUAACAUAAACAAGGAGAACAGAAGCCUAGUGGCAAAUGGAGACAGUUCACCACCCAUUAGUUCUCAACUGCGAGAACUUUCCAACAGUCUCAAAAUGCUUUAUACGUCAACUCCGUUGUGCACACAGAUACUGGAGAAGGAAUGUAUUUCAGUUGAAGAUCAGAUGUCUGCUGAUAUUCAAGAACCAAAAACUCCUGUAAUUGAACAGAAUAUGAGCUUUAAUUAUAAUGUGAUGAAUUCCAAAAGUCCUUGGGAAACAUUCAGCAUGCGUGGUUCUGGAAUGAAGAACUCUCUUGUCCAGGAAUACCUUAGGUUUUUGAACACAGCUGAGAAGGAAGACUUGAAAAAACUGAAGGGAAUUGGAGAGAAGAGAGCAACCUUCAUACUUGAGCUGCGAGAAGACUCUCCAGAACCAUUUAAGAGUCUUGAUGAUUUAAAGGAUAUUGGACUUUCAGCUAAGCAGAUUAAGGGAAUAAUGAAGAAGGAAGUUGGAGAGCUUUUCAACUAGUUCUGAAGGCAUUGGUGAAUGGCUUUAUAUUCACUAAGUUUUAUGUAGGCAACCUGAAGUUGCCCUUUCAUUUAUGAGACAUUGAGUUGGAGGGCAUGUUAAAAACAUUAUUUGGCGUCUUCUAAUGAGCGCCAUGGUUUAAUAUAUAUUGUGAAAAGAUGAUAUCGAAAUCAAGUAAUAUUAUUUAAGUCAA